GUCUGUUGAGCUCUCCUGGGCUGGGUCCCUUGCUCUUUGACUUGAGACUGGAGGCAGACGGAAACAGCCACAGGCGGACUGAGGUGGCAGUAGGAAAUCUGCCGGGAUGCUCAGGCAGGUGCCCAGGACCCCAGCUUCAGGCUGCUACUAUCUAAAUUCCAUGACACCUGAGGGCCAGGACAUGUACUUGCGAUUUGAUCAGACUGCCAGACGCUCUCCUUACAGGAUGAGCCGGAUCCUAGCGCGCCAUCAGCUAGUGACUAAAAUCCAGCAAGAGAUCGAAGCCAAGGAGGCGUGUGAGUGGCUCCGCGCGGCCGGCUUCCCGCAGUACGCCCAGCUGUACGAAGAUUCUCAAUUUCCCAUCAACAUUGUGGCUGUCAAAAAUGAUCAUGAUUUUCUUGAAAAAGACCUUGUAGAACCACUUUACAGACGGCUAAAUACGUUAAACAAGUGUGCCUCGAUGAAACUUGAUGUGAACUUCCAAAGGAAAAAGGGUGAUGACUCCGAUGAAGAAGAUCUUUGUAUCAGCAACAAAUGGACUUUCCAAAGAACCAGCCGCAGAUGGUCUCGUGUGGACGAUCUCCACACACUGUUCCCUGGUGGAGACAGAAACGGGUCACCGAUAAGCACUGGGAUGAGGAACACACCCAGCAGUGAGAGUGUCCUCACAGACCUGAGUGAGCCCGAGGUCUGCUCCAUCCACAGUGAGAGCAGUGGAGGCAGCGACGGCCGCAGCCAGUCAGGCCAGCUCUGCACGGACAGCACGGCCAUGCUGGACGGCCCGCCGGCCAGCAGUGGCCUCCCCCCAUCCCCCAGAGAUGUCCUCCACCACCCUCUCCACCCCAAGAAUGAGAAGCCCACCAGGACCAGGGCCAAAUCAUUUUUGAAACGCAUGGAAACGCUCCGAGCGAAAGGAGCACAUGGAAGGCACAAGGGCUCAGGGCGAACAGGGGGCCUGGUGAUCAGCGGGCCCGUGUUGCAGCAGGAGCCAGAGUCCUUCAAGGCCAUGCAGUGCAUCCAGAUACCAAACGGAGACCUGCAGAGCUCGCACCCAGCUGCCUGCAGGAAAGGGCUUCCCUGCUCCGGCAAAUCGAGUGGCGAGAGCAGCCCAUCGGAGCACAGCAACAGCGGGGUGAGCACACCGUGCCCGAAGGAACGCAAGUGCCAUGAGGCCAGCAAGCGCGGGGGCAUGUACCUGGACGACCUGGACGUGCUGGCAGGGCCAGCACCGCGGGGGGCCGGGGACCAAAGCCACGUGCACGAGUUUCAUUCCCAAGAGAACUUGGUGGUGCAUAUUCCCAAGGAUCACAAACCAGGAACAUUCCCCAAGGCACUUUCUAUUGAAAGCCUCUCUCCCACAGACAACAGCAGUGGGGUUAACUGGAGGACAGGCAGCCUCUCCCUGGGCAGACAGCAGAGCCCUGGCACCAGGGAGCCAGGGCUCACAGAGUCCUGCCACAGAGCAAGCCGCGUCAGCAUCUAUGACAACGUGCCAGGCUCCCACCUAUACGCCAGCACAGGAGAUCUUUUGGACUUGGAGAAAGACGACUUCAUCCAUCCCUUGGAGGACAUCCUGCAGCACGUCAAUGGGGUCCGGGAGGUAGUAAAUGACUGGUCGAAAAAUGCCUUGCUGGAGGCACAGACUCACGAGGCAUUGGUUGGGGAGUCAGGUUUAUCCCCCUUUCCGUCUCCUAAUCAGAUCACCCUAGAUUUUGAAGGUAACUCUGUCUCAGAAGGUCGGACAACACCCAGCGAUGUGGAAAGAGAUGGGACAUCUCUGAAUGACUCUGAGGUCCCAGGGGUCAGAGAGAGGAGGGAUUCUGGUGUAGGGGCCUCUCUGACCAGGCCAAACAGGCGACUCCGGUGGAACAGUUUCCAGCUCUCCCACCAGCCUCGGCCAGCCCCAGCGUCGCCUCCCAUCAGCAGCCAGACGGCCGGGCAGCUGAACCUCCUCCAGCGCUUCUCUCUGCUUCGCCUCACAGCCGUCAUGGAGAGAUACUCCAUGUCCAACAAGCACGGCUGGACAUGGUCAGUUCCAAAGUUCAUGAAGAGGAUGAAAGUUCCUGAUUACAAAGACAAGGCUGUCUUUGGCGUUCCUCUCAUAGUCCACGUGCAGAGGACGGGCCAGCCCCUGCCCCAGAGCAUCCAACAAGCGCUGAGGUAUCUACGCAGCAACUGCCUCGAUCAGGUAAGGCUGACGCGAUGCCAGAGUGAGUCAGGGCCGUCCGGGAUCCAGCAGGACGGGCCUCACCACGCCUAUUCCUCUAAUGACUGCCACCCAUUUUCCUCAGAUGUUCCCAAGGAACAGCAGCUGCAGGCCGUGCAGGCUGCCAUCCUGCUGCUGGCUGACGAAAACAGGGAGGUCCUGCAGACGCUGCUGUGCUUCCUGAAUGAUGUCGUCAACUUGGUGAAAGAGAAUCAGAUGACGGCCAUGAACCUGGCCGUGUGUCUGGCCCCCUCCCUGUUUCAUCUUAAUUUAUUGAAGAAAGAAAGCUCUCCCAGAGUCAUCCAGAAGAAAUAUGCCACUGGGAAGCCUGAUCAAAAGGACCUCAACGAGAACCUGGCCGCUGCCCAGGGGCUGGCGCACAUGAUCCUGGAAUGCGACAGCCUCUUUGAGGUCCCACAUGAGAUGGUGACCCAGUCCCGUAGCUCCUAUAUGGAAGCUGAGAUCCAUGCACCAACCCUGGAAGACUUAGGGGCACAGCUGGAGGAGAGUGGGGCAACUUUCCACACUUACCUGGAGCAUCUCAUUCAAAGCCUCCAGAAGGAAGCCAAAGAGAAGUUCAAAGGAUGGGUCGUGUGCCCCAGCAUGGACAAUACAGAUCUUGCUUUCAAAAAGGUGGGGGACGGGAGCCCCCUGAAGCUGUGGAAGGCCUCUGCAGAGGUGGAAGCUCCCCCGUCCGUGGUCUUGAAUCGGGUGCUGAGAGAGCGCCACCUGUGGGAUGAGGACUUCGUGCAGUGGAAGGUUGUGGAAACUCUGGACAGACAGACAGAAAUCUACCAGUACGUGUUGAACAGCAUGGCCCCCCAUCCCUCCAGAGACUUUGUGGUUCUCAGGACCUGGAAGACUGAUUUGCCCAAAGGAAUGUGCACCCUGGUGUCCCUGUCUGUGGAGCACGAGGAAGCCCCACUCCUGGGCGGAGUACGGGCCGUGGUGAUGGAUUCCCAGUACUUAAUAGAACCGUGUGGCUCUGGCAAGUCAAGACUGACCCACAUCUCCAGGAUAGACCUGAAAGGCCGCUCUCCUGAAUGGUACAGCAAAGGCUUCGGACAGUUGUGCGCAGUGGAAGUUGCCAGGAUUAGAAACUCUUUCCAGCCCCUCAUUGCUGAGGGUCCAGAAACUAAAAUCUGAGUUUUCCCCCAGCAUGACCUCAAACUCAGGGAAGAGGAAGCUACAGCGAAUGCUGGUGGCAGAGUGUGUGCGAGAGAGCAAGGUGAAGAGGAGCUGACGGACGUGGUGAAUCUUAAAAACAGAGACACAGAAAAGUCAGAAUGUUAAAGAUGCGAGAAUUUCUGAAAACUUUCCUAGCCUUCCUGGAGAUGGCUAUAUCCCUAAUAUAUUUUUUAAAACCUGAACAUUUAUCUAUGAUACUUAAAAUUAAAUGGAUUGUUUCUUGUGUAUUGCCUAAUUUGCUAUUUAAAGGCUUCUAAGAAGCAUAUUCUUAACUGUAAAUAAAUGUGUGUACAGCGUAUGUACACAUGUGUGCAUAUCCCCAUCUUUACUGUACAUAUGUAAAAUGCCGAUUUUAUAUGGAAUUGAGUGUUUCAAAAAGGACCUUGUUUGACUCGGUGAGUCCUUUCCUCACCUUGUUCUAUCCAGGUGACUCUGGGCCCCAUCUUCCCACUGUCCUCCCAGCUGCAUGGAGCCUGCUGCUAGCCCCGAGGUGUGAAACUGCCCUGAUGUCUAACCAAAGAGUUUCUCAUAUGUCAAUAGUUUGUUUCUGUUAUUCAAAAACUGAAAGUAGAAUGUUGGGAAAAAACAGGGAAACGAUAUUUACUUUACUUUAAAGCAAAGCAGUGGGUGAGAGGUCAUCACCAAAUCCAAAGCCCAGCCAGACGCAAUCCGUGAGCUAUCAGACCUCAGUGGCCCCCUGGAGUCAGUGUCAGUGACUGAAAUGGAAGUGAUAUUUCCCCCCAGCAGAGCUGAAGAUAGUACAAUCGCCUUUACAUAUUCACAGCCAAAGGGAGCCUCUGUGUCGUCUCUUGUUUUCAUAAGUACAUUUUAUAAUGUUGUUAAAUGUUAUUUUAUUUGACCAGUGGCCCAUUUGGUCACAGUUAAUUGGCAUUUUCCUACCAAUGUAUUGCACUGAAUUUAAGUCUGGACAUCACACAAAGGGAGAUGAAGGUCAUUCAAUUCAAGAGUUCUGGAUCAUUACAGCUUCAGGGAAUUCACAUUUUGCUAUAUAUUAUACUCUUAAAAUAUAAUUCAUUAAAAUAUUCUGAUUUAAAAGGCAGAGUUUCUAACUAACAUAAGACCAAAACUAUGUUCUUUAAUUAGUUUUAGAAAAUAUAAUCAGGUUUAUUAAUUCUGUGUUUCUUCAUUAGAAAUUUCAAGCUACCUAUGCUUUUGAUCCAGCCUUAUUUAUUGUUGUAUGAGCUAAGCAAAUGGACUCUCUUUAGCCAAUUGCUAUUGGAUUUAAGUUGGUUUUGUUAUUGUAAUUCAACAACAGUUGAGAGAAGAAUAACUUACUGUGUUUGGUUUCAGGGAGAGACUUUUUUUUUUUUUUGGUUGUCCGUAACAGAUUGAUAUCUGAUUUAGCAAUGGAUGUUGGAGAAGAAAUAGAAAAAACAAAAGUUUUUUCCCAGGUAUUUUUUGAUAUCAUAUACAUGUAUGUAAUAUUUUCUGUUAUCAACAAGGUGCAAUUAUGGUAUUGAGAUGAAUCAAAAAGCUAUAUAUGAGUUUGGUAUGCUGCAAGGAAAUUGUCCUGUUGAAUUACGACCUAGGAAUUUUUCCUUCUCCCAUCUACCUGAAAAGGUGGCAGCAAAUCUGUAAUUUACCAUUUGGGCAAUGCUCUGUGAGCAAAAGAAAUUUGCUUCUGCCAUAGCAUCUUAAAUUUAACCUCCUAUGCUGGGCUACCUUAUAUGCAUCAACAAGAUCAUUAGUGAAGUUCGAUGAAGUCCAGCUAAACACUGGUCGGGCUCCAGAGACAGGACCCCAUGUGUCUGGAAGAUAUUAUAGGCACACAAGGGUGAAUGUCAUGUAGCACCCAAAGCAGCGCUUCUCCAAGUUUAAGUUUAACAUGUACCAAAUCGCCUGGGGAUCUUAUUAAGAUGCAGACUCUGAUUCAGCAGUCUGAGGUGGGCCUGAGAUUCUGCAUUUCUAAUGAACCUCAGGAAUGGCCCUGCUGCUGGCCCCAAACCACACUCUGAGAAAUGAGGAUCAAGAGGAUGCUUAAAACAGAAUGAAAACAAAUAGGAUUGUCCUUCUGACUCCCUCCUCUUAAAAUUACCUGACUUUUUAAUAUUUUUAUGCACAUACUAAUCACAUCACUGCUGCAUAAUAACACAGUGCAUCUUCAUAAAAAAAGAAGGGAAAAAAACGAGAAAAAAGAUGCAUCAAGCUUAUUCAUCGAAUACCACAGUAUUUUCUUCAUUGUUAUCUUGCCAAUGGAAAUAAAGUAUAAUACAUUUUAAAUAUUAUAUUUAUACCUCAUGUAUAUUUUUACCUCAAUUGUUGGUAUCAAUCAUUAAUUGUAAAUAGAUAAUUGCCAAGGCAAAUAAAUUUAUAUACAUUAAAUAUUUCCU